AUGUCCACUUUUGUUUCUUCCUAUCCUUCUACAUCUUCCUCUUCUUCUGCAGGACCUUCUUCCCUAGCAGGACCUUCUCACCCACCUAUGCUCACCACCGUCUCUCCCAUCCCUGAUCGUCCUGCCAGUCCUCGCCUUCCUUCUACUCCCACUCCUCAGAUUGGACCUCCAACCACUACUUUUCCUAAUGGACAUUCACGUCUUGCUCCUGCUUCCCCUGACCAUGCACCUGAUCCAGAUGAUGAUCUGGAGUUACCUGGUACACCUUUGUAUACCAUCGAUCCAGGAGAAAUUGCGGAAACAGCGGAAGAAGCCCUAGGGGACAGAGCUAAAUCGAAAAGUUCAUUUACUUUCGCAGUUGCUCAAUCUAGGACGGUGUACGAAAAUGAUUUGGUCGUUCAGCGUCACGGACUGGAGGUGGGGUAUGGAGAAGGUGCUGAGGUAUACCACGUUUUGAGUCACGAGGGGGAAACGAAUCGGGUUGCUGAUGAGAGUCUUGUGGCUUUGCAAGAGGUUGGGAUGAGACGUUAUGCGUAUAACCAAAACGAAUCCUCCCCUCCAAUAGACUACAAACCAUCUCCUUUCCAUACUUACCUCUGCGGACCCAUCUCACCAACACCCAUCGAUGAUAUUCCUUGCGGUAGAUCUAUACCGUGGCAUAAAUCGCCUUGUGUGUUCCUCGACGUGGCUGAGUUAAUCAACGAGAGAUGUGCUCUGAUGUGGCCAGGGGAGAAUGAUCUACUCGUCGCUAUGCAUCCUCCGGAUCUACCGGUAUCCGUACAACCCAAAAUCAUUCUUGAACCUAAUACCUACACCUCACUUCUCUAUCUGGGUUCGGAUGGCAUUUUGAGGUUUCGAUCGACCUCUCCUCGAGCCCGUCUUGGUCAAAUACGAUUACAACAUGGUGAUAUCGUUGGUGUGCAUGUUGGUCCCAAAUCUCUUGAAUUAUCACCUCGACUAGACGGAUUUGGAUUCGUCUGUAUAGCCAGACAAGUUUUUCUCCAACUCCCCGCCACCCAACCACUUUCCUCUCUACCUUCUUACUCAACUCCAACUCUUCCACAUUUCCCCCCACUUCCCCCACUCCCACAUCUCCCUCCUUCCAACUCAUCCAUCCCCGCCCCUAAAACCCGGAAAAGAAACGCUCCUCUCCCACCCGCAAAAUUAGACGGAUGGUAUCUCGGCCCAUUCCCCAUAUGUCCCUCUGACCCCCUCCGAGUGCUUCGACCUCUCCGUCCAGGCCCCGUGGCCGACUUUGAGGCGUUAUCUACCGUGCGACCAAAGAUGACGGUGCAAAAAGGGAAGAAAGGGAAAGCAAAGAGAGUUUCUAUGUCUGUCGAAGUUGAAGAACAAGAGACGAAAAGAUGGACCGGUAUGGAAUUUAUAAAUGAGGAUCAAUUGGUUUUCCCUCCUAGUUCCAAUGCCAGCAAUAUUGUGAAACCACCAUUGAAAGAUCAUUCGAGAGAUGAUGAGGUCACAAAGGUCGACUUUGGUUCAGCACCAGCUUCUACGGUAGACUUAGGAGAAGGAGGGACAACAAAUGUUGGUUUAUUAUCAAGAGGACAGAGUUCAGAAACGAUCCAACGACCUGGGAAGGGAAAUAGAGGUAGUAAAUCUGGAAAGAGAAAGGCUUCUAAAGGGGAUGUUGGUGAUGCUGAAUCGUCCAAGGGGUUCAAUGGAUCAGAAAACACCUCUGUAUCUGGUGUUGGUACAGAAGGGAAGGGAAGAGGGAAGAAGAGAAAGGUCGAGGAGGAUAUACCGACUUCGAGCAUCUCAGGAAAGACGAAUGGUGGGAAUGGGAGAUUGUCAAAGAGGAAUAGUAGGGGUAGCGGUGUGACCAAAGUAUGGGAUGAAGAGGUGGUAGCUGUAUAA